AUGUGUGACAUCAACCAGAACUUCCCCUCCGCUCCGCACCAGCUGCACAACCGCUACUCGCCCGUGCGCAACAUUCUGUCGCCCUCUUCCGCCAUGUCUGGCCGCAAGCGCAAGGCCGACGACGACAUCGACGACGAGCGCAUGUCGCAGUCGCCGUCCAACUCCCCCGCCAUCGCCUCCCGCCCGCCGCCCCGCUCGCUGCAGAAGCGGGUGCGCUCCAACGUCUCCGGCCGCGCCCUGCCGCUGCCGCGCCUGCUCGAGACGCUGUCCCCCGACCAGAUGCGGAACAUGCUGCAGUCCAUCUGCCAGAGCCACCCGGCCAUCGGCCACGAGGUCGUCACAACCGCACCACGGCCCAGCAUACAGUCGACACUGGACGUGCUCUCGCGCUACGAAUCCCAGUUCCGAGCCGCCUUCCCCUUCGGCGGCAGCUCGUCCUCGGACUACGCCUACAACCGCGUCCGCCAGCAACUGACGGAGCUGCUCGAAGCCCUGAAAGACUUCACCACGCACUUCCUCCCGCCCAACGAACAGCAACCCGCCACCGCCCUCGCCUUCCUCGACGGCGCCACCGAAGUCAUCCACCGCCUGCCCAACUGGGACACGUACCAGCACAACCGCCACAAGGAAGAAGCCUACGAGGAAAUGGCAAAGGCCUGGGCCCUGGUCAUCCGCGAGGCCGCCAAGAAGGCCGGCGGCAUGCAGCUGCUGUACGGCGGCUGGGACCAGAAGAUCGCGAAGCACAACGAGGUUGCUGCGGGGAAGAUGCAGGAUGCCGUCAACGAGCUGCGCGGCGGGCUGGGCUGGAUGGCGGCGGACUCCCAGGCGCCCGCGAGCCAGGCCGACGCCAUGUCGAUCCGCCAGCAGCUGCUGAACGGCAGCUACGGCGCCGGGAGCGCCAGUAUCGGCGCGUGGUAG